AACAAAACGAUGACUCCAAUUUGCGUUGAGUCGAUAUCUAAAUUAGAAGAAUUUAAGUUGUCUUUCAAAAUUGAAGUAUGAUUUGUUUGCUUCAGGACUUUGUUUUGGUCAACGGGAACCAAAAUCGAAUUUUUUGGUAACUUUUUUUGUUGUAUUCGUAUUAUGGCUAGUUGGACAAAAAAGACUCCAACGGGUCAAACUCCAAGGAGAAGAUGGAAUAUUGAAGAUCGUGCUUCGCUUAAUAAUUUGAAAUACCACUUUGCAUCGGAUGGCUGCUCUGAUGUACAAUAUGAUUUGGCAAGACAACUUUUAGAAAACAGUUCCGUUUCAGAUUUAAAUGAAACAACGGAAUCUCAUAUUCAGGGGGUACAUUGGUUAUUAUGUGCCGCUCAACAAGGUCAUGAAGGAGCUUUAGAAUUAUUAAAAGACUGUUUCAAAAAUCGUAGAGGAAUUACUGAUAGUAAUGAAAGUGAUGUAAAAUCUUGUUUAUAUAUGACACCCGGCGAACGAGCGGCUAGAAAAGCAGCUCGUGAUUUAUUUGCUUGUUUGUCUAAUGGAAAUGAACAUAUUACCCCAGGUCAGCUAGAAAGAAAAAUGCGAGAAAUCUAUAACCUUCAGAAAAAACGUCGUCGCUCGAAACUCAAUGAGCGUCCGCUAGAUUCAGUAGAGGACGAAACUCAAGACGAACUAGAAUUCAAAGGAAAUGCAGAGAGGAAUAUACACUUAAAUGGUGAUAUAUUUCCUUCACUCAACCACUGCAGAGUAGAAUUAAACAUAUCUCAAGAAAAUUUAAUAACUGAAGCUAAUUUGGUAGCUGCUGCUGUAAAUUAUUCAAGAGGGUAUCUGCCAAGAGUAAAUGGAUUAUAUACUCUUUCAAUUCCACAUCCAAAUUGUUUAGAUCAUAUUCCAUGUUUUCAUAGAAUGAUUUUCCAUCCUGUUAUAUUUGUUACAUUGCUAUAUCACCAUUUUAUAAAAACUAUAACAUCAUUUCCUAACAAUAUAUCGUCAGGCAUGCAAAUAUUGUCCAUUUUAUUUGUAUAUGCAAUAAUUUCAACCGACAAUUUAAUGGUCUAUAUUCCCAUGCAAGUUUAUUAUAUCAGCUUAAUAAUAAUGGUAUGGUCAACCUUUAAAAUGCUGAAAGUGAAGCAUGAUUUUAUUGAUUUCAGAAUUUGGUCCGGACUGUUUUUGAGUUAUGGUGAUAACAACGUUGAUGCGGGGGGAUCUGAGAAUCAGUUUUUAAAAAACAAUCUUAAGCCAUAUGCAAUUUUUUUUUGUGCUUUUAUAAUUAACUUAAUAACGUUUCCCGUAGUUAGCAAUGAAUGGGUUCCAUACUCGGAAAUAACAUUAGUUGCUUUUAUUUUAAUUUUUGUUACCAUGACAGCAUUUAUGUACACCGCACCGAAAGGCUUUCCAGAUUGGUUGAUUAUGUUUUCUUUUGGAAUAAAUGUGCUAGCUAAAUAUCCAUAUGAAAUGGAUUCAGUAGUAACUAUAGGUUGGAGGUUUUUGGAUUUAAAAGUUCCAACUUUUUAUUCAUUUGUUAUCGGAAAUGGAAUUGAAUUUUGCUUGAAUUGCCGAGUUUUAUUAUAUUUAUUUAUCCCAUUUUGCUUGAUUAAUUUGGCAAAGCGAUUAGAUUGGCAAGGCAUAUACACUUUCCUCAUUCCACACUGUGUAACUUUGGCUUGGUUGCAAAUUUGUAUAAUGAGCUCCCAAUCAGCAACAAUGUUUGGAUUAAUGAGAGCAACUCUAGGUUUAGCUGGAAUUAUGCUGUUCUUACCGCUUUUCGGUAUCAUAACUUUGAUGAUUCCCAUUUUUGUUAUGAUUGAUUGGUUGGGUUUAACUGAUCCCAAAGUAAGGAUGGCAUCAUCAGUAACUGCGGUUUUGAUGGCUACAUUGAUAUCGUGUGCAAUGGCCAUAAAUCAUCGUACACAAAAGUAUAUUACUAUAUUGCAGAUCACUUUGUUUGUUGGAGCUAGUGUGUUGUUAACGUUACCUUAUAUGACAGCAAAUUUUUCAACUACUCAUAUAUCGGAAAAUUCAGCCUUUAAUGAAUUGUACGUUAAAAAUCAUCGUUCAAAUGGGCUCGCAAUGAAUUCAGGUUAUUCAGGUUUUGACGAAGAGUUAAAGUCUCUGACUUGGGAACAUUUUUAUAAUUAUUGCGCUCAACCGGCUUGGGAGCACUCAAAUAAAAUUAAAACACAGCUGCGCUGUUCUCAACUCGAGGGUAUACAUGUUAAGUGGGAGGGUAUUGUAUCCGAUAUUGAAAUAGUUAGAAUAUCAAACUUUAGAGCAGAGUUUAUCAAAAAGUAUAUGCCAAAUUGGAUACGUAAUUUUUUGUUUUGCGCAUAUGGAGAAAAAAACAAAUAUCAUUGUGCCGAAAAUGAAGAUUGUGAAGAGUUACGACAGCUUCUAUCAAAUCAAAAAUUUUGUAAUAUGAACAACUGGAACAUGUAUGAGUACGAGAUUGAAUUAAAAAUGCAGUCAGGUCUCUUAAGUCGGCCAACCACUUUGUAUUUAAAAGUAAAGCAUCAUUUUGGAAAUUUUACGAAUGAGUUACGAAUUUCAGAUAGAAUAUGGUUUUCUGGAAAAUUAUUAAAUAUUCGCAAUGGGAAAUUAAUGGACUAUCCUCAAGAUAUGAUAUUAGGCUCCGGAAAGCCUGUUGUUGAAAUUGACGGGCUAGGAUGCGUUUACUGUCAUAAUAAAGAUCUUACAUCUAUUGAGCUGAGGGCAAAAAAUGAAGUUUUUGAUGCAAGAAUGCGAGAUCUUACGCGCGGUGUUAAAUAUUUGUUGAAUGCGAUAUUUAACCCUCUCAUUAUUUUCAAAUAAAUUAAUUAUAAAGUAAACAGCCAAAUUUAAAUGUUUGCUGAAAACGUUUAUAAUAGUUCUUUUAAAAGAAAUUAAUUUUGCUAAUAUGUCCUUUUUUGUAAAAAAAUUGAAGCUAUGUAUAUGUAUAUUUUUUACUUGUAUCUGCAACGUAAAUAAUAUGAAAGAAGAAUAUUGCUUUAUAGUUAAUUUGUAAAAAUUAAGUGCAUACUUAUGUAAAUUUAAAUGGUCGAAUUUGAUCAGAAAUUUAAAAGCAGUUAAAUACAUUGGGUAUUCAGUAUAUCAAACUAAAAAGUAUUAAAUAGUGUUUUAUUUAGAUGCAUACAUAUGUAUGUGCGUGUAAAAAAAGUCAAAUAUUACAAUAUGAUUUAUCGUCAAUAUAUUAAUGCCUAAUUCUUAAUAUUUACCAGUAGUUUUGAAGAAGUUUAUGUUGCAUAGGAAAAUAUUUACAUGUGUAUAUGCCUUUCGGUUGCAAAGUUAAGGCGUGAACCUAGACAUAACAGAAAUACGGAACUGACGCUUGGACAAUGCUCAGCUCCUUAGGUAUUGUUAACCGAUACGACAAAACCUUAGAUUAAAUAUACGUAUACCGUUUACAUAUACGACAAAACCUUAAGUCGCAAUUUACAAAUAAAAUAUUGUGAUUUAUUACAAAUUGACUUCCAUAAUUGAGCUCGUAAUUUUAGGUUUUGUUUAAGAAGAAAAAACUUUAUUGAAGUUAUUUGUGUUAUAUUUGUUAAAUUAACAACAUACCGGAAUUGUUUUUAGAAUGUACAUACAUAUAUAAAAGAAAGUAAAAUUUAUAUGAAUCCUCUAAAAAGCCAAUAAAGCUAUGAUGUAACAUUUUUACGUUUUGCCAAAACCAUUCUUUAAUAAAAAGUCAUAUAUGCAUGUAUGUAUACAUUAUAUUUUUUUUUAAAUACCAAGCGAACUUUUACAAUAAAGAAAGUACAUAAUAGCAAAAAAACAGUUGCUGAU